GCCAUCGCCGUCGCCGUCACCGGCGUGCUUGCGGCGAGCUGCUGCGAGGCGCGCGACUUCUACGUGGGCGGGCGCGACGGGUGGACGGCCAACCCCGCCGAGCCGUACAACCGGUGGGCCGAGCGCAACCGCUUCCAGGUCAACGACCGCCUCGUGUUCAGGUACAGCAAGGAGAAGGACUCGGUGGUGGUGGUGAGCCAGAGCCACUACGACGCCUGCAACGCCACCGACCCCAUCCUCCGCGACGUCGGCGGCGACUCCACCUUCGUCUUCGACAGCUCCGGCCCCUUCUUCUUCAUCAGCGGCGACGCCGCCCGCUGCCAGGCCGGCGAGCGCCUCAUCGUCGUCGUCCUCGCCGUCCGCAGCAACGCCACGACCUCGCCUUCGCCGCCGCCGCCGCCGCCCGCCGUUCCAGCCCCGACCCCUCGCUCGCCGCCUCCCCCGGCCGCGGGAACGAACGGGACGGCGCCACCCGUUCCAGCCCCAGCCCCAGCCCCUGGCGCGCCGCCGUCUCCGGCCGGGGGAAACUCUACGUCGCCGGCGCCAACGGGAACGAAUGGGACGUCAUCGUCGCCGCCGCCGCCGCGGCCGUCGUCGGCGUCAUCUCAUCGGGGUGGCGCCUUGCUGCUGCUCGCCGUGAUAGCCGGAGCAUUAAUGUUUAGCUGA